AUGGUCCUCCUCGAACUCCCCUCCGCGGGGAAACUCAUCGACCACCUCAUCGCCAACCGCAUCACAGAAGUCAACAAAGACCCCCAUAGCACACAGAGUGAUCGCCCAUUCUUCAUCGCCGACACAGGCCCAGCCUUGAAGCUUUACAACCGUUGGCGACGCGCUCUACCCAAUAUAGCCCCAUUCUACGCCGUGAAAUGCAACUCGGACGUGCGCUUCCUGCGGUUUCUCGCCGACCUGGGCCUGGGAUUCGACUGUGCCUCCCAGACGGAGAUUGAGCUGGUCUUGUCUCUAGGCGUGGACCCUUCCCGCAUUAUCUUCGCGCAUCCAUGCAAGUCCAUCUCCGCCAUCCGCGUGGCCGCUGCCCGGGGCAUCUCCCUCACCACAUUCGACAAUAUCGACGAGCUCGACAAGAUGAAGGCCCACGCGCCGAAUAUGCACCUGCUGCUCCGGAUCUACGCGCAGGACGACACCGCCGCCGCGCAGCUGGGCAACAAGUUCGGCGCGCCGCUGGCAUCAGCUGAGCCGCUGCUGCAACGGGCAAAGGAGUUGGGUCUUUGUGUAAGGGGGGUGAGUUUUCACGUGGGGUCCGGCGCCCGUAACCCGGCAGCAUUCACAACAGCCGUCCACCAAGCCCGCCACGUCUUCGACCUCGCAACCCACCUAGGCCUACCACCCAUGGACAUCCUCGAUGUAGGCGGCGGCUUCCAGGACACCAACUUCGAAGAGAUGGCCGGCCCCCUCGCGCGUGCCAUCGACGGAGCCUUCCCCGACUCGUCCGCUGUGCGCGUCAUCGCCGAACCAGGCCGUUACUUCGCCCGCACCCUCUACACCAUGGCCUGCAAGGUGAUCUCGCGGCGGCGGCAGCUGCAGCCGCUGCUCGACGAGUUUCAGGCGUACCCGUCCAUCACCCCCGACAUGCUAUAUCUGAAUGACGGGGUGUAUGGGAGCUUCAUGUUGGUCCUGUUGGAAAAUGAAGUCUUUGUCCCGGACCUGGCUCCCUUGAGGGAUGAUGAUAACGGGCAAAUGAAGCAGCGCGCGACGGGGCCGCAUCCGUAUUCGAUCUGGGGGCCGACGUGCGAUGGGAUCGACUGUGUGGCGAAGGAAGUGGUGAUGGAGGGCGAGGUCAAGGUGGGAGAUUGGUUGGUUUUUCGGGAGAUGGGUGCGUACAGUGUGGUGAGCGCGACACAGUUCAACGGCUUCUCUAAUGACUAUGAGGUAAUAUACGCGAGCGACUAUCUCGCUUCCGUCGGAGGGCUGGGGAUGACUGCUGCUGCUGAUACCCCAGGAAAGGUUUGGAAGUAUUUGGAGUGGUUCUUGCCUGGGUCUAUCCGCGGCCUGUGGAAGCAGAAGACUUGA